GUUAAUAAAUAAGAUAAAAAGAAUGGGUUAAGGUUUUACGCGAGAUAACCCUUCCCUCACCUUGCAAAAAAAACCCACGGCACCCUCUCUUCCUUCUCCCUUCUCCCCUCAGCGCCGCCCUGGACUGCUGCUGCUCAACCGAAGCUGACCAGCCCCCACACGCACCCCUGGACUGCUGCUGCACCUCGCCUCCACCACCGGCUGCACAGUAGACCCCAACAGCAGCUGCUUAGCCGCGGGUCUACCGCCCUAAAACCGUGCUCUGCGUGCCCCUACCACCAUAUCAAACACCUCUUGUCUCUUCUCCAUUUUCUUUGUCCACCUUUGGGUACUUAGGUUCUUGAAGAAGGAGAAGCAUGGGAAGAAAGGGGAAUAAAAACCAAGGAGGUUUUGAUGGGAGUUACCAGUCCAAAGCUUCCCAUGGAAGUGAAUAUGACCGGGGUAUGAAAGCUCAUAAACACCCAAAGAAGCAUGAUCAUUCAGAUGAUGCUGAGACUUCAUAUAUCAGGAAGCAGGUGGAUCCUGAAAUAGCAAAAUACUUUUCUGAUAUUGCAAACCUACUAGAAGGUGGUGAAAUAGGUGCAGACGAGCACCCUAUCAUAUGUAGUAAUGCCUUGGAAGAAAGUAGAGGGAAAGAAGUGGAGCUUGUGACAGAUUAUAUUCUUAGCCACACGAUGCAAACGUUGUUGGAGGGUUGUGAUGCAGACCAUCUUUGUGGUUUUCUCCGUAGUUGUGCAAAGAGUUUUGAUCGCAUUGCAACGGAUAGGUCUGGUUCUCAUGUUGCAGAAACGGCCCUCAAUUCUUUAGUUAGUCAUCUCCAUGACCAGGACUUGUACAAUUUAAUCAAAGAUACACUAACCUUGAUAUGCCAGGAAAUAGUCCGUAAACCUGUAGCUGUGAUGUGCAACUGUUAUGGAUCUCAUGUUUUUCGGAGCCUGCUGUGUCUAUGCAAAGGUGUACCUUUGAAUUCAGAGUUCCAUUCUGCGAAAUCAUCCACAGUUUUGUCUCGACGACUGAAUCUUAUGUCAGAUAAAGAGCGUAAAAAUGGGGCGUCAAUUGUCUAUCAAGGGUUUCCAGAUUUACUGGAGUUUCUUGUGUCUGAAAUGUUAAAGUGUAGUACAAAAGACAUAGCAGCCUUACAAGUGGACCAGUAUAGCAGUUUGGUUCUGCAGGCAUCUCUGAAGUUGUUAGCGGGACAAGAGCAAGUGCUCCUCCAUACAAUUCCAGUUAUUAUGGGUUGCAAUGUGGAGAGUGGAGAUGAAAGUAGCUUUAUAGAGACAACAAAGGUGCAGAACAUUAGAGAUUUGGUUAAAGAAAAUGCAUUCAGUCAUUUAAUGGAGGUCAUAUUGGAAUUGGCUCCAGACACUUUGUAUGAUGAGAUUUUCAUGAAAGUAUUCAAAGAUUCGUUGUAUGAUCUUUCUUGUCAUCAGUCUGCCAACUUUGCUGUACAAGCCUUAAUUUCUCAUGCAAGAAGCUCAGAUCAAGUAAAUAUUAUAUGUGAGGAAAUUGGAUCAAAAAUGAAGAAUCUUUUGGCAAUGGGAAGAUCAGGAGUUAUAGCCUCUUUGAUUGCAGCAAGUGAGAGGCUUCAUGCUUGUGAACAUAAGUGUGCAAAGGCGCUUGCAGCUGCUGUAAUGGCAACAAAUGAGGCUCCAAAAUGCAUUGUGCCUCGGAUUCUAUUACUUGAGAACUACUUCUACUCCAAUGAUAAGGCCAAUUGGAGCUGGACAAGUGGCUGUAAAAUUCACGUGAUGGGUUCUCUAAUUCUGCAAUCAUUAUUCAAGUAUCCAAUUGAAUAUAUACAACCGUACUUCACAAGCAUCACAUCAAUGGAAAAUGUUCAAAUCCUAGAAGCAUUAAAGGAUGCUGCAGGAGCACGUGUUUUUGAAGCCUUUCUGGGUUCAAAGGCUCCUGAUAAGCAGAAGAAGAAGUUGAUUAGCAAGUUGAAGGGGCAUUUUGGAGAGCUUGCCAUGCAUCCAUCGGGUACUUUCACGGUCGAAAAGUGCUUCAAUGUGAGUGAUGUUCCAAUACGAGAGAUAAUAGUCUCUGAAUUGCUCAGUGUUCAAAAAGACCUUUCUAAGACAAGGCAGGGUCCUCUCCUCUUGAGGAAUCUUGAUGCUGAUGGAUUCUCAAGACGACCUGAACAAUGGAGAUCUAGACAGAAGUCUAAAAUCAAUGUAUACAAGGAGUUUUUAGCUGAAUUUGUAGAUGAAGAUAUCGGUCUCUCGGAAAAGAAGAAUCCUCCUGUCAUUAAUAGUUCAAAGAAAGCAGCAGUACCCGAACAAACAAAUACAAUAAAGAAGAUGAGGCAAGAGAUUGACAGUGCCUUGGCAUCAUUCACUAGUCCCGAUCCUUCAAAGAAACAUAAAAAACACAAAGAAACUAGAAAAGGUCAGACUGAUAAUAAUGUUGAACAGAAACCCUCGUCUGGCAAGAAAAAGCGUAAGCAUCAUCAGGAAGAUGACUCGUCAAAGACAUCUAUGAAGAAGCUCAAAUCCUAAACUAGCAGACGCGUUACAGUUUUGUCUGUAAGAUUUCCUUACCCUAUAGUCCAUGUAAAAAUUUUUCUUGUCCGAUACAACAAUAUGUUAAACGGUUGCAAAAACGAUGCUAGAGCCUUAAUUAUUACAAUUUGUAGACAAUCACAAAUCCGGAAAUUUGGAAAUGAGCAAUUUUGUUUUUGUACUA